AUGCUGAACCGACGCCUUGUGAGAGUGAGGAAUGCCCUGGUGCGAGAGUGCAUGGCUGAGUUCUUGGGAACUUUCAUCUUGCUGCUCUUCGGCUGCUCUGCUGCAGCGCAGGUAAAGACAAGCAGAGACACUAAAGGCCAGUUCCUGUCCGUCAACAUGGCCUUCUCUGUGGGCGUGAUGUCGGCUAUGUACCUCACCAAGGGCAUCACAGGUGCUCAUCUGAAUCCGGCGGUCACUCUGAGUUUCUGUGUGUUGGAGCAGGUGCCGUGGGGAAGGCUGGUGCCCUACUGCCUCUCCCAGCUGUUAGGGGCCUAUGUGGCAUCAGGACUCGUCUACCUGGUCUACUAUGAUGCUAUAAUGGAGUUUAGUGGAGGAGUGCUGACUGUCUAUGGUCCAAAUGAGACAGCGUCUAUAUUUGCCACAUAUCCCUCAGAGUAUUUGACUUUGGGCCGAAGUUUCCUUGACCAGGUGGUGGGCACCGGCAUGCUGAUGUUGUGCAUCCUGUGUUUGGAUGAAAAGAGGAACACUCCGGCUCCCUCAGAGCUGAUUCCUGCUAUAGUGGCAGCGAUUGUCCUGGGGAUCUCCAUGUCAAUGUCAGCCAACUGUGGUGCUGCGAUAAAUCCUGCUCGGGACCUGGGGCCGCGCCUCUUCACACUGACUGCAGGCUGGGGAACUGAGGUGUUCACGUGUUACAACUACUGGUUCUGGGUGCCCCUGGUGGCCCCACUAAUCGGAGGUGUUAUAGGCACUUUCAUGUAUUUGAUCUUCAUCCACUGGCACCUGCCUGACCCAGAACCUCCUGAGAACAUCUCCACUCUCUCCACCAUCAGUGACAAAAUCAAGCAGCCCAGCACAACGUGGGAGAAGGAGGUAGAGUUAAAGACUGCACGUCUCUAAGUGUCACUUUGAGACACUUAAAGAAAGUAAUCUGGCUGUGAACUAUGUUUGAGAAAGCAGAGGUGAAUACCUGAGCUUUGCUACUUUUUGGACGCACACACAACUCUGUCUUCUGUUGGAGAAAUAACAGGAAUAUCUUAUUUAUAUGCUCUAAAGUUAGCUUCUUAAAGGUCUAGUGUGUAUGAUUUAGUGGCAUCUAUAGCAGUGAGGUUGCAGA